AUGCUAUCUAGUAGUAUUGAAGAGACAGAGCUUGAAGAGCGAGACAUUGAACCUGAACUGAAAGUCUGUAGUGUCGAGUAUCUUGUCGAGCUGGAGCCUUGUGACGACCUCUUGUAUGGUGACAAGUGUUUUUUUUUACAUGAUGAGCAUUUUUCUCAAAAUAUUACAUGUCGCGUACCUCGUAAGGGUCCAAACGUUCCUGUCCUAGAGUUGUGCGGCAGUGAUCACCGGCACCGAGAGUCAGUCGAGCCCAGUAGAGGAAAUCGUCAAGCUAGAGGCUCGCAGGAUGGAUGA